AUGGGAUUCCGAACGUCGAAACACAAGGACAGCAACGAUCUAAGUGCUGUUCAAUCUCCUGAAGUCGACGUUGAAGAUGGCCAGAAACUCGAAGGAACCCACGAUGCUGUCUUUGGCGAAAUCGCAAAGGAAGGCGGCCCGAACUAUCGCAACGUCGGAUGGAUCGGGACCGUUGUCUUGAUGCUGAAGACACAGAUUGGACUUGGCGUACUUUCCAUUCCUUCAGUAUUCGAUACUCUUGGACUUGUCCCUGGAAUCAUUUGCCUAUUGAUCAUUGCGUUUAUGACUGGUUGGAGCGCGUGGGUCAUCGGGAAAUUCAAGUUAAAGCACCCGGAAGUCUAUGGGAUCGACGAUGUUGGUGGAAUCCUGUUGGGAAAGCCUGGCCGCAUCAUUGUGGGCAUCAUUUACUGUCUAUUAUGGGUUUUCGUGGCAGGAUCUGGAAUGCUUUCGAUGUCCAUUGGUUUCAAUGCCCUUUCUCUGCACGGUACAUGCACAGCCGUUUUCGUCGCGGUAUCCGCUCUGCUCGGUUUCUUGGUUGCUAGUGUGCGGACGCUUCACAAAUUGACAUUCGUCGCUUGGGUUGGCUUAUUCGGAAUUUUAUCUUCGAUCCUCGUCCUCACCGUGGCCGUGGGUGUGCAAGAUCGUCCCGCUUCGGCUUCGAGGGAAGGGCUCUAUGUUUCGGACUACCACAUCACCAACCAGCCGAAGUUCGCGCAGGCCAUCUCUGCGGUGGCUUCUUUGAUAUUGUCCUAUGCUGGAACUCCUGCUUACUUUCAGAUAAUCUCUGAAAUGAGGGAUCCGAGAUUGUAUCAGCGCUCUUUGAUCGUUACGCAGAGCAUAAUCACAGCGACUUACAUCAUCAUUGGAACUGUCGUUUACUACUAUUGCGGCUCGUUCGUCGCCAGCCCAGCUCUUGGAUCUGCAGGACCUCUGCUCAAGCGGAUCUGUUACGGCUUGGCCCUUCCCGGUCUCCUGGCCACCACUACCUUGACAGUUCAUAUCCCUGCCAAGUACGUUUUCGUUCGUCUUCUCUCAGGAACCAAGCACAUGUCGAGCAACUCGCUCACGCAUUGGUCCGUCUGGAUCGCAUGUACAGCAAGCGUCGCGAUAAUCUCCUACAUCAUCGCCAGCGCCAUCCCUGUCUUCGGGGGUCUCGUGGCUCUGAUCGGAGCUCUCUUCGGCACACUCCUCGGCUUUCAGCCGAUGGGUAUCAUGUGGCUGUACGACAACUGGGCUACCAAAGACCGGAGCUUCAGAUGGAGAAUACAAGCUUGCUGGGCGUUGUUCGUCAUUGCAGCGGGAACCUUCCUGAUGAUCGCUGGCACAUAUGGAGCCGUGGUUGAUAUCUUGGCUUCGUAUACUUCGGGAUCAACUUCCUGGAGUUGUGCGGAUAAUUCGAAUAGCACAUAG